AUGAAGUUCACUCAGGCCACCAUUGCCUGGGCCGCCGCCGCCCUCGCCAGCGGUGUCUGGGCCGUGGAAGAGGCCGAGCCUGCCAGCUCGGUUGCUGCUGAGCUCCCUACUUUCACCCCCACCACACUCAAGGCUCCCUUCCUUGAGCAGUUCACCGACGACUGGGAGACCCGAUGGAAGCCUUCUCACGCCAAGAAGGACUCCAGCAACGAUGAGGAGUGGGCUUACGUCGGCGAAUGGUCCGUCGAGGAGCCUACCGUCUACAAGGGCAUGGAGGGCGACAAGGGUCUCGUUGUGAAGAACCCCGCCGCUCACCACGCCAUCUCGGCCAAGUUUGACAAGGCCAUUGACCCCAAGGACAAGCCUCUGGUUGUCCAGUACGAGGUCAAGCUUCAGAAUGGCCUCGAGUGCGGUGGUGCUUACCUCAAGCUUCUCCGCGAGAACAAGGCUCUCCACCAGGAUGAGUUUGCUAACACUACCCCGUACGUCAUCAUGUUCGGCCCCGACAAGUGUGGACACACCAACAAGGUUCACUUCAUCUUCAACCACAAGAACCCCAAGACUGGCGAGUACGAGGAGAAGCACCUGACCAGCCCUCCCACCGCUCGCGUUGUCAAGACCACUGAGCUGUACACGCUCAUUGUUCACCCCAACAACACCUAUGUCAUCAAGCAGAACAACGAGCAGGUCAAGACUGGCAGCCUUCUCGAGGACUUCCUGCCCUCCGUGAACCCUGCCGAGGAGAUUGACGACCCCAAGGACUCCAAGCCCGACACCUGGGUUGACGAGGCCCGCAUCGCUGACCCCGAUGCCAAGAAGCCCGAGGAUUGGGACGAGGAGGCCCCCUUUGAGAUUCUCGAUGAGGAGGCUACUCAACCCGAGGACUGGCUUGUCGAUGAGCCUCUUACCGUCCCUGACCCCGAGGCUCAGAAGCCCGAGGACUGGGAUGACGAGGAGGACGGUGACUGGAUCGCCCCCAUGGUCCCCAACCCCAAGUGUGCCGAUGCCGCUGGUUGCGGUCCCUGGAAGCAGCCCAUGAAGAAGAACCCCGACUACAAGGGCAAGUGGACUGCUCCUUACAUUGACAACCCUGCCUACAAGGGUGUCUGGGCUCCUCGCAAGAUCAAGAACCCCGACUACUUUGAGGACAAGACUCCCGCCAACUUUGAGCCCAUUGGAGCUAUUGGCUUUGAGAUCUGGACCAUGCAGAACAACAUUCUCUUUGACAACAUCUACAUUGGCCACUCUGUUGAGGAUGCCAACAAGCUUGCCGAGGAGACCUUUGGCGAGAAGCACCCCCAGGAGCAGCUCCUCGAGCUUGCCGACAAGCCCAAGCCCUCUGAGAAGCCCAAGUCUCCCUCUGACCUUAGCUUCACCGAGGACCCCGUCACCUACGUCAAGGAGAAGCUUGAUCUCUUCCUCACCAUUGCCAAGAACGACCCUGUCCAGGCUAUCAAGUUUGUUCCCGAGGUUCCCACUGCCAUUGGUGGUCUCAUUGUCACCAUUGCUGCCUUUGUCGGUCUCUUUGCUCUCGGUGGUUCCGCCCCCGAGCCUGUCAAGAAGGCUGCCGUCGACGCCAAGGAGAAGGCCAAGGAUGCCAAGGACAAGGCCGCUGACGCUGUCGCAACUGGCGCUGAGAACGUCAAGGCUGAAGUCAACAAGCGCACCACCCGCAGCCAGUCGUAA